AUGGAGUAUAGAGAAAAUGAUUGGGAUGAAAGACAAAAACGUUUGGAAAAAAUAAUAAAAAAAGAAUUUUAUUCUAACGAAGAUGUAGUAGAAUAUUGUGAGGAUAUAACUAAAGGUGGUGUUAUAUCUAAAAAUAAUUGUGGAUCUGAUAAAUGUUGUAACUGUUUUAAGUGUGAGUAUAUUAUAUUAGUUAUUAAUGAAUAUAUUAAAAAGGAUUGUAUAUUAGAUAAUUAUGUUGAAGCUUAUAAAUAUUUAUAUGAAAAUAUUGAAAAAUUUAAAAAUAAAAUAUUAAAUAAAUUUGACAUUGAUGAUAUUGUUUGGAAAGAGAUUUAUCAAGUGUCUGAAAAUGGGAAAGAAAAUAACCAACCAAACUGUAAUUAUGCACAGAAAAAUGUACAAAGCAAUGUAAGCAAAAACUAUAUUGAACAGAAUAGGACCAAUAAUAGUGGUAAUACUAAAGAUGCAAGUUACAAAAGUGAAAGCAAAUACAUGUUUAGUUUAAAUUUUAAGGGGGAACAAGAAAACGAUGAAGAACGUAAUUCUAUUGAAAUGGAAGUAUAUACUAUAUCUGUCAUUUUAAAAAUAAAAAGCAAACUUUUAAACUCCUCACCAAUGUUAAAACAAAUUAUAAACACAUUACCAUACUAUGAUGAUAAUUAUUAUUAUAUAAAUAACAGAGUAGGAAUUAUUGAAAAAAUUAAAAAACAAAUUUACGACUAUUGUUGUAAAAGCAAAAAGAAUAAUGAUCCUGGAUUUUACAUAAAGAAUGAACAACCAAAAUAUAUGCACAAUAAAAAUUGUGGUUUAAAUAAUAAGACUAGAUUAAAUGCGUUUGCAAAAAAUGAUGAACCAUAUUUAUAUGACAAUGUUAAUUAUGAUGAAAAUGGGCUUGAUGAUUUUACAAAUAUGAGCAGCCUAUAUAAUAAUAAGAGUAACGAAGUAGACUUGUUUAAUGCCAACCAUUAUAGUAGCACAAGUAAUAAUUGGGAAAGUGAUAACUAUUAUAAAAAAAAUAUAAUGAAUAAUAUAAAUGAUUAUGAUAUAUCUUUUAAUAAAAAAGAGAGAUACAAUGAUCAUAUAUUUUUUGAUAAUGAUGUGGAAGAAAAAUGUAAUGAGCUAGCUAAGAAAAAAGAAUGGAGAUUCAAAAUUUAUGAAAUAAAUAUAAAAUCAGAUAAAAACUUAACGAGUUUAAAAAGUAUUGUUACAUUAAUUGAAAUGAUUAAUCUGGUUUAUUUAUAUUUUAUUAAAUGUGUUAAAAAUAAGAAAAAAAAAGAAAUAAAUAAAAUCAUUGAGCAUGACCAAAAUAAUGAAAAAAAAUUUUUUUGUGAUGAAAAAUAUUAUGAAUUUUUUUAUAAUAUUAUAUCUGGAAAUAUGGAAAAUAAGAUAACUAAUUUAAAGAGAAAAGGAAGAAAGAAAACACAAUCGGAAUCUUCGUAUUGUUCUGAUGAUGAUCAGGAGGAACUUUCCUCAUCUUCUGACAUGGGUAGCAGUAAAAAUUAUGAUAAAGAUUGUGAAAGUGAUUCUAUUAAAGAUGCCGAUUCUGUUUUAGAUUCAGAAAUAGAAUACAAAUCGGAUGAAGAGAAUAUUAAUGAUUCCGUUAAAAGAUUAAAGGAUGACAGUAAAAUGAAAGAUACUAGUUGGUCAAUAAAUCAAGAAGAAUAUUUAAAUAUGGAUAGAGAAUGUGAAAUUUCAAACAUGUUAAGUGAUGAAGAAAUAUAUAAUGUUAUAGAAUAUGUAAAAUAUAUUAUUACAUCUAUUGUAAAGGAGUGUGAUGGUUAUUUUAAUAUUGAGUAUUUAUAUACUUUACACAUAUUUGAGUUAAAAUUAUUUUUCGAUAUUUUAAAAAAGAAUAUUUUAAGAAAGAAUAUACAAGAUGAUCUUUUAAUUAUAUUAACAUAUUGUGGAUUUAAACUUCAAAAUGAUGAAAUAAUAAAUUUUAGUUUUUGGAUGCUUAUAAGUAUAUUUGAAGAUGGUAAUAUUCCUAGUAGUUGGAAAAUCCUAAACAGUGCAAACAAAGAUGGUAGUGAACGUACUGAAGGGGCAAGUGAUGUGUUGAGAAAAAAGUAUAUUGAAUUUAAAAACAAUGUUAAAGAAAUAACAAAACAAAAUGAUAAAAAAAAUGUAAUAGAAACAUGUAAUACAAUUUUUUAUGAGUCAUUAAACUUAAUACCUAAAGUAGAAAAUAAUAAAAAAUGGUUGAGUGAAAUUGACAUAAAUAAUGGGUAUUUUUAUUUUAAAAAAAAUUUAAUUGAUAAAAAUGUUUUUUUAAAUUUUAUAAAAAAUGCAAAACAUGAAUUCAAUUGUUAUAAUAAUAUAGAAAAAGGAUAUACUAUAAAUGUAGUAAAAAGGAUAAGAGAUUUUAAUGAUUAUUAUUCUUGUUGCUACAUUUUAAAAAAUAAUAAAAAAAAAAUAUUAAUAGGAUUCAAAAAGAAAGGAGAAAAUAAAGUAUAUAUAUAUAAAUAUGAUAAAAAAAUAAAAAAAAUAUAUAGACAUGCAAAAAAAAAUACUGUUAUAUCAGGAUUUUUAGGGAUACUAAUAUGUAAUUUUAUUGGAAUGAAAAUUAAAAUAUAUGAUAAUGGAAUAAACAAAAAAUAUUCAAAUUUUUUUCCAAAUUUUGAAAGAAAAAAUGUUAUAACAAUCCGAUUUGAAUCUAAUAUAAUAAGUGAAUUACCUCGUCAUUUUAUUUGUAAUAUAUAUAAAGAAGAUAAAAGUGUAAAAUUUAUAUAUGAAAAUAAAUGUCCAACAUGGAAUGAAGAAAAAGAAAUUUAUGAAUUGCCUUUUUAUGGUCGAGUUAGAUUGGCAAGUGCCAAAAAUCUACAGUUAAUUUUAAAAAAAUGUGUAAUCAGUAACUCAAAAAAAGCAUUAUUUUCAAAUACAACUAUUAAUGAUUUAAUAGAUUAUAUGAGCACGGAAAGGAAUAAUCAACUUCCGGAAUAUAGUGAAACAUUUAAUAGCAAAAAUAGUAAUGGUAAUAUUGCAUAUCCCAAUGUCAAUGAUGAAUAUGAUUGGAAUGCAGAUAUUACAUUCAAAGGAACAAACAAUGAAAAUCAUAAUAAUAGUAGAAAGAAUAAUGGUGGUAUACAAAAUGAAGAGGGAGAAAAAGGUAUCAUAAAAAAAUUCCCUUUUGAUGUAAUAAAAAAUAAUUUUAAAACACAAAAAGAAGAAAAAUUUGAAAUUAUUAAUAAUGAUCAAGAUGAAAUAUUUCUUAUUUUUGGUAAAAAUUCAAAGGAUUUAUUUACUUUGGAUUUUCGUCAUCCUUUAUCUUCCUUUGAAGCUUUUUCUAUAGCAAUUUCUUCUUUACUGAAGAAAAAAGCUGUAUCCUAA